AUGGCGACACCAGAUGACAAGCUCAGGCUCCUGGAGUAUUGCCGGAAAGGCAAGAUCGAAGAAGGCAGAACGAUGCUGCAGGAAUUCGCGAAGGUUGGAACAGUCGGGCCAGGACGUGAGUAUGGCCUGGACUACUGCAAGAAGCCCUACUACCGAUCUGCUCUUUGGGAGGCCACCUGGAAGAAUCACGAGGUUCUGGUGAAGGCUCUUGCCGAAAAGGGUGCAACCCUCGACUUCGCCGACUACCAGGGUCGAACACCGCUUCACGAGGCGGCAUACUAUGGGUACCAGAACCUCGUUGAGUUCUUCCUCGACAAGGGGCAUCCUAUCGAUCCGUUGGACAACUUCGGGCAGACACCGCUCUUCCGCGCUGCGGACGCAGGGCGCUACGAGAUCGUGGAGCUUCUCGUGAAGAGGGGUGCUCAGACCAAUCUGCUCGACAGUGACGGUGUGACCGUCCAACAUUGCGCCAACUUCCAUGGCAUGCCUGACAUGAGCGAAUGGCUGCUCUACCACGGUGCCUGGAAGAAUCGCUUCUACAUCAAGGAGGAGGUGAAGCUGGAUCCAGCUGCGUCGCAGGAGGCCGAUGAGACAUCGCCGACUUCGCCGACAUCGCCCCAAGGAAGGGGGGACGAGUCACCGACCUUCAAUGCCAAGACCUAG